AUGUCGGGCUUCCGCUUUCUGUCGCUCCCGGUGGAGCUACAGGCAGCGGUGUUUGAGCAGGAGGGCAGCUGGACGCUCGCCCGCGUCUGCCGGACGAGCCGGCACUUCAACCGCAUUGCUACGCUGCUUCUGUACAGGGUGGCCGUAGCCAAGAACCGCAGGCAGCUGCUCUGCCUGUUCCGCACACUGGCGACGGUUCCGCUGCCGCGGCCGUUUGUUCGCGGGGUUGUCUAG